GUGGGUUGGCUUCUCCUCCCCCUCCGGUUCGGGUUCGGGUUCGUGAGGUUCUCCGGGGUUCGGGUUCGUGGGUGAGCGGAUCGAGAUGGCGGCGUCGGAUGUUGAGUACCGCUGCUUCGUCGGCGGCCUCGCCUGGGCCACGGACGACCACUCCCUCCACAACGCCUUCAGCACCUACGGCGAGGUCCUCGAGUCCAAGAUCAUCCUCGAUCGGGAGACGCAGAGGUCCCGCGGCUUCGGCUUCGUCACCUUCUCCACGGAGGAGGCGAUGCGGAACGCCAUCGAGGGCAUGAACGGCAAGGAGCUGGACGGCCGCAACAUCACCGUCAACGAGGCCCAGUCCCGCGGCGGCCGUGGAGGCGGCGGCGGUGGGUACGGUGGUGGCCGUGGAGGCGGCGGCUACGGCGGUGGCGGGCGCCGUGAUGGCGGUGGCGGCUACGGCGGUGGCGGCGGCUACGGUGGCGGCGGCGGCUACGGUGGUGGUGGCGGCGGCUACGGCGGUGGCAACCGUGGCGGCGGCUACGGCAACUCCGACGGGAACUGGAGGAACUGAGCGGUGGGGCCCGCGCGGCCAAGUUAUCCUGUUCGCUACCGUGAUGUUUACCCUAGUCCAGAGGGUUUAUCUUCGUUCGUGUCGUGUUUGUUGUUGCCCAUCUGUGUUUUUGAUUGCAAGGUCGCUCUGUGUCAGUUGUUAGUGCUGUGUUCAUCCUCGGUUUCAGCAGACCCAUGCAUCAAACAGCAUGGACUGCGGAUCGAUGGAUGCUGUUACCCCCGUCAGGCUUUAUUCUAAGUUAAUCUUAAGGAAAAAAUGGUGCUUCUUGGUGCUGCAAAA